AUGGCAACGACAGUCAGUGAAGUAUUAUGGGUUCGUUGGUUGCUUAAGGAGUUGGAAGUCCCACAAGAUACUCCGACCCAAUUAUCAUGUGAUAAUCAAGCUGCGCGACACAUAGCAAAUAAUCCAGUGUUUCAUGAACGAACAAAACACAUUGAAAUGGAUUGCUAUUUUGUUCGAGAACGCGUCGAGUCAAAAGAGAUUGUUCCCAUGCAUGUUGAUUCAAAAUUACAAAUUGCAGACUUACUUACUAAACCGCUUGGUUCUCAUCAGUUGCAAACAUUAUUAGGCAAGUUGGGCGUUUGCAGUUCCUUCAUGUGCGGCUCAGUUGUAGCAGUCUUACUAUUUUCUUGUUAUAAUCUUUUGUAUGCCCCUUCACUUGCAACUGCUACACCAACAAGUGUAGCAGCAUCUGCUCUUUUGAAAUGGAAAGCCAGCCUUGAUAAACAUAGCCAAUCAGUUCUUUCAUCAUGGGUUGGAAGCAACCCGUGCCAUAACAAUUGGACCGGAGUCAGUUGCAAUAACGCUACUGCAGGCGUAGAGAGUGUUGUAACAAGCAUCAUAAUUCAAAAUGUAAACUUAACAGGUACACUUGGUGAUCUUGAUACAUGGUCAUUACGGAAUCUUGAAACUUUUGAUCUUUCAAAUAACGCGCUCUAUGGCUCCAUUCCUUCCAGCAUUGGGAACAUGUCUAAUCUUAGAUAUUUAUCGUUGAACGCUAAUAACUUCUCAGGGACAAUUCCGUCAGAGAUAGGAAUGCUAAGAUCUUUGGGACUGCUUUCUUUGACCGGUAACCUUCUUACUGGUCAUAUCCCAUAUAGCAUAGGUAACCUCACAAACUUAACUGAGCUUUAUUUGUUCAAUAAUAAUCUGAAUGGUCAUAUCCCAAAUAGCAUAGGUAACCUCAGAAGGAUAGUUUGGCUUGACUUGCAUGAUAAUGAUCUUAAUGGAGCCAUUCCUCCAGAAAUUGGGACAUUAAGUUUCAUCCAAAACAUUGACUUUUCUAAUAAUCAUCUUACCGGAGUCAUUCCUUCUUCAAUAGGAAAUUUAACUUAUCUCUAUUUCCUUUAUCUGUAUCGUAAUCAACUUUCUGGGUCCAUUCCAUCCGAACUUGCUAUGGCUCGGGGUCUCAUAGAUCUUCAGGUUGGCACUAACAAUAUCACGGGUUCCAUUCCACCUACCUUCCAAAAUUUUAGUAGGCUAGGAACGAUGUUACUUAACGAUAACUUCAUAUCUGGGACGAUUCCAGAUUAUAUAGUGAAUUACUCUGAGUUUAGAGUGCUGCACUUAGGUAAUAACAACUUCAGUGGUUUCAUACCACCUGAAUUAGGAAAAAGAACACCACUUUCGGAAUUGUAUUUGUUCAUGAAUAAUUUUGUAGGUUCCAUUCCUCCAAAUAUGAAUCUAAGUAAGAUAGAAAUGUUUGCAGUAUAUGACAACAUGCUCUCUGGUCCUUUACCAAAUGAAAUUUGUGUCUCCGGUUCUCUUUCACAUUUCACAGUGAGCAACAAUCUAUUCUCUGGCCAUGUACCAAAGAGCUUGAAAAAUUGUAGCAGCUUAUUCAGAGUUCGGCUUGAAAAUAACCAACUGACCGGUAACAUAUCUCAAGAUUUUGGGAUAUAUCCGAAGUUGGAUUAUAUGGAUUUGAGUUACAAUAAGUUUUAUGGCGAGGUGUCGAGCAACUGGGGGUCAUGUCCUAAUUUAACUAGCUUAAAGAUAUCCAACAACAAUUUGUCUGGAAAAAUAUCUUCAGAGUUAGGAGGAGCAACAAGAUUAGUCCAGCUUGAUCUUUCAUCAAAUCACUUAGUCGGUGAAAUCCCAACGAGCUUUGAAAGAUUAAGCUCGCUCGUGAACUUGCACCUGGACAACAAUAUGUUAUUAGGUACAAUUCCUUCGGUACUUGGAGAUCUGUACAACUUAGAAGACCUUAACUUAGCAAAAAAUUCUCUUACCGGCCCAAUCAAUGAAAAAUUAGGAGAAUGCUUAAAGUUAAGGAUGUUGAACUUAAGCAGUAAUAAACUUGAGGGACCUAUUCCUAUACAUAUUUCCAAGUUGGACAAGUUAGAAUCCCUUGAUCUUAGUGAAAAUAAUUUGAAUGGGAGGAUACCUCCAUUGCUUGGGGGUUUGACGGUUGUACAAACGUUGAACCUCUCUCGCAAUAAUCUCACGGGAUCUAUUCCUUCAAGUUUAACUGCAAUGGUAAGUUUAACUACAGUUGAUGUAUCUUUUAAUCAACUAGAGGGCCCACUUCCAAAGAUGCGAGCAUUUGAAGAUGCUCCAAAGGAGGCACUUGGACAUAACAAGGGAUUAUGUGGAAAUAACACAGAGUUAGAGUGUCCCACUCAACCAGGUCACCAAGGUAACAAAAAGAAGGUUUCGAUUGUUAUUCUGAUCAUACUUCCUACGUUGGGAUUCAUGUUUCUCGUGCUUGUUGUCGUAUUUUGUUAUCUCCGUAAAAGAAACCCGAAUGUAACCUUUAGGCCACAAGAGACAAGAACACACCCUUUUACUAUUUGGAGCUAUGAUGGUAAAAUGGUGUAUGAGAGAAUCAUUGAAGCCUUAGAGGACUUUGACUCGAAGCAUAUUAUUGGGGUUGGUGGAUACGGAACUGUUUAUAAAGCUGAGUUGUCAUCUGAAAUUUUUGCGGUGAAAAAAAAUCACGCGCCAGAAGAUGGCGAGAUGCAAAAUCUCAAGAGUUUUAAAAAUGAGAUACGAGCAUUGACAGAAAUACGCCAUCAAAACAUUGUCAAACUCUAUGGAUUUUGUUCACAUUCACGCCACUCAUUUUUGGUAUAUGAGUUCUUGUCAGGAGGGAGCUUACGGAACGUACUUAAUCACAUGAAACAAGCUGUUGAAUUUGAUUGGGAGAAAAGGGUGAUGGCUGUUAAAAGUAUUGCAAGUGCCUUAUCAUAUAUGCACCAUGAUUGUUCACAACCAAUCAUUCAUAGGGACUUAUCAAGCAGCAAUGUUUUAUUUGAUUCCGAUUGGGUUGCUCAUGUGUCUGAUUUCGGCACUGCCAGGCUAUUAAAACCAGACUCGUCAAACUGGACUUCUUUUGCCGGGACGCUUGGUUACAUUGCUCCAGAACUUGCAUACACGAUGGAAGUGAAUGAGAAGUGUGAUGUUUACAGCUUUGGGGUACUAACACUAGAAGUUAUAAUGGGUAAGCAUCCUGGAGAACUCCUCACAUUGUUACAAGAGACUAAAGGCAUAUCUCACACUGAACUUCUGGACCAACGCCUUCCUCUGCCCGAGGAACAAGUUGCUCAGCAAGUGGAAUUACUUGUCAAGGUUGCAUUCUCAUGCGUGCAUAAGAGCCCUCAAUCUAGGCCGUCAAUGAGGAGUAUUACUCUAGACCUCUCGGUAGAGACGCAUGCAGCCAAAAGUAACAAGAUCUCCACCUGAGCCUUGGAGAGGAAUGUUUGCUUCAAAU